ACCUGCGAAGUGUACGAACCCACUUACGAUAGCAGGGCCAUGUGAGGAUCGCCUUUCCAUUCAAUUCACAAAUGGUCGUCCUCCGAGAACAUAAAAACAUGUUUUGGGGUGUUAUAUUAGACGGAGGUAAAUGCUACUCCCAGACGGUGGAACAUUCCUUUCACAUAUCCAUGGCAGCUUUAGAACCUGCUUCUACUGCAGAAAUAAUAACACAAGGAGACAAAAAUCCCAAAGUGUCAGUGAUGAUUCAGCAUGAAAAGGCAGAGUUCCUGUUGUGUACUUUAGAUCACAAACACACCUACCAGCAGUCCCUGGACCUCAACUUCACCGAAGGCGAAGAAGUGACUUUCUUUCUCAAUGGAAAUGGUGUGGUUCACUUAACUGGCUACUUAGUAGAAGAUGAAAAAUAUGAUGAUGAUGAUGAAGCUAUGGGUCUAGUUGAGAGCUCCAGUGAUGAGGAGUCUGUGGAUUCUGAGGAGGAGGUUCCCACAUUACAAGCACUGACAGAAUCUGAUAUGGAGGAUGAAGAGGAGGAUGAAGAAGGGGAGGAAUGGACUCCUCAAACAGGGAAAAGGAAAAAGAAACAACAAGAGUCAAGUAGUAAGGUAAAGAAAAAGGCAGCCAAGAAGCAGAAAGUGUCCUUGUCAGAAGAGGAGGAUGAGGAAGAGGAGGAGGAAUCUGAAGCUGAGGAGGAGAGCAGUAGUGAGGAGGAGGAGGAGGCAGAGGAGGCUGGGGAAGACAGUGAUGUAAUUAUCUGUUUGAUGAAGAAAUUUAGUUUUCAGUGCCUGAUAGUUAUUCCAAAGUCUCAGUCUGUUGCAGAAGAUGAGGAAGAUGAUGAAGAAGAAGAAGAAGAAGAAGACAGUGAUGAUUCUGAGAAUAUCCUGACCAACCCAGACAUCACAGUGGACCACGAGGAGGAAGACUCUGAUGCAGAUUCUACUGGAAGCUAUGAAAAAGUCGUAAAUAAAUCAAAACAGAGUGCCAAGAAAAAUAAAGAGAAGAAAAACCAGCAACCAAAUGAGCAAAAUACACCAAAAGACAGGAACUCUCAGACAAAUAGUCAAAGCUCAAAGAAGAAGAAGACACAGAAAAAUAAAGAUGAAAAAGAAUCUCUGGAUAACAAAGUACAGCAGAAUGGAGGUACUCCUGCGGCAAAAGAAGCAAAACCCACAAAGAGCACCCCAAAACUUGAGAAGAAGACAUUAUCUGGUGGAACUUUUAUACAAGAUUUAAAGCUGGGGCAUGGGCCAGAGGCUACUCAGGGGAAAAUGGUUUUUGUUUACUAUAAAGGAACCCUUUCAAAUGGAAAACAGUUUGAUGCUCAUCUAAGUGGUCGACCUUUCAAAUUUCGCCUCGGCAAGGGAAAUGUAAUAAAGGGCUGGGACACUGGCGUAGCAGGUAUGAGAGUAGGAGGUAAAAGGAAACUGAUCGUACCCCCAUCUCAAGGCUAUGGUGCCCACAACACAGGACCAAUCCCCCCCAACAGCACGCUGACAUUUGAGGUGGAGCUCAAGUCCGUGAAGUGAGACGCCAAUGCUGGGUCUUAUGAAAGUCUUGGUGCUGUAUAAUGAAAAGCUUUGAAAUCAUUCCUGCUGUGACAUACAGCUUUCAUCAAAAUGACAACAUGGACUGGUGAUCUCUCACACAAUGGUCACACUGUAUGGAGACUGGGGAGAGACGGAGUUGUCACUUCUUAUCAAUUUUUUCAUCGAAUAGUAUUUUAGGAAUGCGUUUUAAAGGAUACAAUGCCUUUUUAAAUUUAUUACAUUUCUUUGUUUCUGAAUAGAUUAACUGAAUAAAAAUUAUAAACCAAUAUUAUCUGAUUGCUCUUGGGCAGUUUGAUACUAUCAUUAUAUGAUAAACACCAGUAGUUAUCGGUAAUGCUGUUAGCGUCAAGUGCAGUGGUCAUGGUAACAAGAAAACCUCGAAAAAUAUUUAAUUAAGUGUUAAUCUCAAUCUAACAUUGUUCUCGUUGAGCGUUGUUUUACGUGUAUUUCACACGCUCGCUUCCACUCUUCUGUGUGAAGGCCAUUAAAGGAAAAACCUGAGAUUUCUCUUCUGGUUGAGCAAUUUCUCAACUUCUAACAUGAUGUUUUUAUUUGGAUAAUGCUCCAUGUUUACAGUCUGCUUACUUCUUGGUAACCCCUGUAAUAAGAGGUGAAUCGGCUUUUUAUUCAUUUGUUUAAUUUAAUUUUCACCGUAUCGCUUAAUAAAG